CGUUCAGAGAGCGUUGUUUGAGUGCGCCGUUCGAUUAUUCAGAGCACCACACUCCGGGAGUGCCGAAGUGCCUUCCCGCCACUCUGACUGAGGAGUCAAAGCGGUCAGGCAGGACGGGAUGUUUCCAGGCAGAACUGACACAUUCGAUAUGGCGCACGCACUGACGUCAAUGGCCAACACGCUUCUUCGUAAAUUCAUCGAAAAUGGAGCGCGCUGUGCCUCUCUCAGUGCGCAGUGAGAGGAUCAGAUUGAAUUUCCAAAUUCCCUAGGGUGCGUUCCAGAAAGUACUGCAGCGCCGCUCUGCUACACUCGGGACCCUGCGGAUCACGCGCACGCCAAUAAGAGUAAAAUUAGGAUGUCUUAAUGCAUUUCCGAACGCACCCCUAGUAGUCGUGCUUGCGAAAAAGAAGAAGAAGAAGCAGCAGCAGCAGAAGAAGAAGCAGCAGCAGCAGAAGAAGAACCAGAAGAAGAAGAAGAAGAGUUUUUCCACGUGAAAAGAUGGACAAAAUGCUUCUGAAAAAGAACCGACAAAUGGAACAAUCCCCUCCUGAGAUGGACAUGAUCUUUCAACUGGAAACUCCAGUUAUAUCACACAGUGUAGACACACAAGAGCAUCCAGAGUCACGUGAACAUGCACCUACAGUGUCAGCUGUACCAUCCUUGGUCAAUGGGUGUAGCAAGGGGGGCUUUGGUGGUGAAGUUUCACAAGAUUCCGAUAGUGACAGCUCCUCUUCAUCCUCCUCUUCUUCAUCUGCCCCAAUGUUUGAAAAUGCUGCUGAUGAUGAGGGUUUAAGCCAAGCAGUUCCCUUUAAAACAAAAGAUGAAAUUUUUCUUGAGGAUUUGCCAGCGGUGGAGGAACUGACUGUGUCACUACCAGAUGAUGUGGAACUAAUGCCAGUAGGAACAGUAUCUAGUAUCAUACACCAGCUCGUAAUAAUCGAGUCUGUGGAAGAUUCACCACCUUUGACUGAUGACAGCAUCAUCUUUGGAUCUGAUCGACUAGCUCUGGGCAAGGUUUUUGAAGUCUUCGGUCCUGUAUCCAGACCUCUAUAUGUCUUGCGAUUUAACUCUCCUGAUGAGCUGAGCAGUAAGGGGCUGACACUUGGACUGGUUGUUUAUUAUGCACCAGAUAUGAAAGAGUACACUGGAUACAUCCUCCUACAACAGCUUAAACUUUUAAAGGGCUCAGAUGCAUCCUGGAAAAAUGAUCAAGAACCACCAGAAGAGGCUUUAGACUAUAGUGACGACGAGAAGGAGCAGCAAGCUAAGAGGAGAGUGAAAAACCGCAAAAAGAAACACAACAGCACAGAAAGUCUUACACUGGACACUCUGCAGCCUCACCAUGUAACAUCAAGACAUACAGGGGCUCUGAUCAGGGACCAUAAUGUAAACGACAACCAACCACCAUUUUGUCACUCACAUCAGCUACCCCUGCACACAAAUGUUUCUUCCGGGUUCCAUGCUCCUCCCUACCUUUAUCCACCCCAUCCUCCUUCCCCACUCACCUUCCCUCCCUACCCACCUCCAUCAUUCUUUAGUCCAUCAUACGCCUCUCAAUUCUGGCAACCACACUCUGUCCCAUUUUCAAAACUUCCUCCUCCUCCUCCUCCUCCUCAGUGAAAUCCAACACACACUAGACUACCUAUACUAAGGCUGCAUUGCAGUAGUUAUUGUAGUUUAUAUAUAUAUAUAUAUAUAUAUAUAUAUAUAUAUAUAUAUAUAUAUAUAUAUAUAUAUACACACACACACACAUAAGAAUUGUGAAGUGCCACGUUUUUUCUUAAACAGUUCUAAACUGCAACUGACGGAUUUGAACAAAAAAGAUAAUGUGUGAAUACGGCCCUUUUUCUAUGACUAUAAAUGAGAUGUGAAUUGUUCUUCUGUUAAUAGCUGAUAAAUUUUUUUCUGAAUGAAAUUUAUUUGACUCAAGAAC